GUGCGCGCGCAGCGGACGUGGCGCUCCCCUGCAGCCUCGCGGGGCCCCGGGCCCAGGCGCUGUGUGAGUGGUCCCGAAACCUGCCCCUCAGGGCGUCGUGCGCUGGCCAUGCCUGUGCCCACAGAGGGCACCCCGCCACCCUUGAGUGGCACCCCCGUCCCAGUCCCGGCCUACUUCCGCCACGCUGAGCCCGGCUUCUCCCUCAAGAGGCCUGGGGGGCUCAGCCGGAGUCUCCCGCCACGGCCCCCGGCCAAGGGCAGCGUCCCUGUCAGCCGCCUCUUCCCUCCGCGGACCCCCGGCUGGCACCAGCCCCAGCCCCGGAGGGUGUCGUUCAUAGAUGAGGUCCCCGAGACCCUGCGGAGCCCCGGCUACGACCCCAGCCGGCCCGAGUCCUUCUUCCAGCAGAGCUUCCAGAGACUCGGCCGCCUGGGCCACGGCUCCUACGGAGAGGUGUUCAAGGUGCGCUCCAAGGAAGACGGCCGGCUCUACGCGGUGAAGCGUUCCAUGUCGCCCUUCCGGGGCCCCAAGGACCGGGCCCGCAAGCUGGCCGAGGUGGGCGGCCACGAGAAGGUGGGGCAGCACCCCCACUGCGUGCGGCUGGAGCGCGCCUGGGAGGAGGGCGGCCUCUUGUACCUGCAGACGGAGCUGUGCGGGCCGAGCCUGCAGCAGCACUGCGAGGCCUGGGGCGCCGGCCUCCCCGAGGCCCAGGUCUGGGGCUACCUGCGGGACUCCCUGCUGGCCCUGGCGCACCUGCACCGCCAGGGCCUGGUCCACCUGGAUGUCAAGCCGGCCAACAUCUUCCUGGGACCCCGGGGCCGCUGCAAGCUGGGGGACUUUGGGCUGCUGGUGGAGCUGGCUGCGUCCGGAGCAGGCGAGGCCCAGGAGGGGGACCCCCGGUACAUGGCCCCCGAGCUGCUGCAGGGCUCCUACGGGACGGCGGCCGAUGUGUUCAGCCUGGGUCUCACCAUCCUGGAGGUGGCCUGUAACAUGGAGCUGCCGCACGGCGGGGCGGGCUGGCAGCAGCUGCGCCAGGGCUACCUGCCCCCGGAGUUCACUGCCGGCCUGUCUCCAGAGCUGCGCGCUGUCCUCGUCAUGAUGCUGGAGCCCGACCCCAAGCUGCGGGCCACGGCCGAGGCCCUGCUCGCCCUGCCCGUGCUGCAGCAGCCGCGGCCCUGGAGUGUCCUGUGGCACGUGGCUGCGGAGGCCCUGAGCCGCGGGUGGGCCCUGUGGCAGGCCCUGCUGGCCCUGCUGUGCUGGCUCUGGCAUGGGCUCGCUCGCCCUACCAGCUGGCUGCAGCCCCCGGCACCCCCCGCCACCCCGCCUGGCUCACCACCUUGCAGCCUCCUCCUGGACAGCAGCCUCUCCAGUAACUGGGAUGACGACAGCAUGGGACCCUCGCUGUCUCCAGAGGCCAUGCUAGCCAGGACUCCCGGGAGCACCUCCACGCCCCAGAGCAGGUGCCCGAUGAGGGAUCCCCUGGACCUAAGUGACCUAGACUCUGAACCACCUCGGGGCACCUUCCCCUCCUUUGAGCCUCGGAACCUCCUCAGUCUGUUUGAGGACUCACUGGGCCCAAGCUGAGCCGCACUAGCCUCCGUGCUUUUACCCUUCCAGCCCCUCCCUCCUCCUGGAGACCGAGGUCCCCUGGGAAGUCCAGGGCCCCUCCUGUCCGGCCAUGUCUAAUAAAGCUACUUGGAUCUGGGGAGCACCCAAGCGUGCUUUUGUGACAAUGCAGCGCUUCCUGCCCCCUUU